CAAACGGAACGGACCAGUGGGCAAUAUGAUUUUCAUUCAGUCAACAAUUCUUGUUAGCCUCUUUGCGCUCUGCUCUGCUCUGAGUAUUGAUUUUGUGAGAGCUUUUCUGCAUUUGAAGCAAUCUAAAAAUGCUUUAUUCUUCUUGUGUACCUUACAAGACGUUUCUAAUCUGUUCAUAUCAACUAAUGACGAUAAUAUCUCAGCUCGAUUCAUCAACCUGGCUGGCCUAAAUUCAAAAGAUCCAACCAGUUUUCUACCCCAUAAUAGCUACGCAAUAACGACGUGCAUUUUCGAUUACAGUUGCACCAAUUCGCUGCAAGUUCUCCAAGCAUUUUCCUCCCUUCGAUACUUUAACACAACCUAUAGCUGGUUGUUUUUGGCCGACAACAACUCCAGAACGGAUGUAAACCACAUUCUGGGGAAGCUAAUGUCGGUUCAAAUGAAUUCGGACAUCACCGUGGCCGAACCCGUUCCCGAAUCAAACGGGACAAGUUUUGAGCUGGUGGACAUUUACGCCAAGGGUAGACAUCUGUGCCGUGACGUUUACCGGACUGUGUACGGAAGAUGGAGUUACGAGGGUGGUUUGGAGAUGGUUGCCAACUAUCGGCGGUAUUACGUGCGUGGAAAUUUCAAUGGGCUGCAAGUACGAGGAACGACAGUGAUCGACCAGGACAACGUGACUUCGCAGGACGUUGAUAGGAUUCUGUCGGUGCCCGGAACCGAGCAAGGCAUUGUGAGUUUUGUAAAGUAUCACUACGCUCUGCUGGUCAUGCUAAGAGAUUACCAUAAUUUCGGAGUUAAAUAUCGCGUGACACGAGGCUGGGCUGGUCGUCUCAAGUCCGGAUACAGACUGGGUCUGCUUGGAAUUCUAGCUCGAAAUGAAGCAGACAUUGCUGCAACGGCUAUAUUUCAGCGAAUCAACCGACAUGCAGAGUUUGACAUCAUUCAUCAGAGUUGGGAAUUUUCAGCCGGAUUCAUCUACCGCAUUACACCACAGCUUAGUGGAGCAACCGGAGGGGGGAAUUUCUUCACUCCGUUUGAAGAUAGUGUUUGGAUUGCCUCGUUGAUUACCUUAACUGCAAUUCUAGUCAUUUUGAAAUUUUCCGUAUUCAUAAUCUUCAAAUCGACUUCAAACGAGCCAAACACCUCUCUGAUAUCAUACUUGGUGGACAUUGUUGGAACGGUUUCCCAGCAGGGAAUUGCGGGCCGUGUGUCCGCUAGGAUGCCCAUCAGAAUUAUUCUUUUUUCUCUCCUCACUCUGAACUUGGUCCUCUUCAACUACUAUACCUCGUCCGUGGUCGGUGGUCUGCUGAGCUCCCCAGGUAAAGGUCCGCAAACAAUCCGCGAGAUCAUAGACAGCCCCCUGAAGUUGGCGUUCCGUGACAUCGGUUACCACAAAAUACUGUUUCGCGAAACGCAGGUCCCAAUAAUCCGCGAGCUGUACGAGAAAAAGGUGCAACCGUCGCGUGAGGGCAAACACACCAUCCCGGUGUACACGGACGUGAUCACGGCCGUCCCAUACCUGCAGAGGGGUGGCUACGCGUUCCACUGCGAGAUGACCGAAGCGUUCCAGGACAUUGCGGAUCAGUUUGACGCCAACGAGAUCUGCGAGCUGCGGACGGUAAUUAGGGCCUGUUCAGCACUUUUUAAUAGAGUCUUUUUUCCUCUGUCCUUGCGGUACACAGAACAUAUUAACCUACUUUUGCAGACAACUGGCCUGUUCAAUGACCUUAGACUGAUGAGCUUUGUGGUGCCGAAACGGAGCAUGUACACGGAAAUGUUCAGGAUCACGAUGAUGCGACUGCAGGAGAUUGGGCUGAUUAAACGAACACUGAAAAUUCACCGAAUCGAGAAGCCAAUUUGUCAAUCCGGUGGACGGGUUCUUCCGGUGGAGGUAUCCGGAGUAUCGACGGCAUUUGCGGUUUUGGGAGUUGGAAUGUUUCUUUCAACGAUGAUAAUGUUGUUGGAGAAAUUGCAUUGGAACUAUAUGAUGAAGAGGCAGUAUCGAAAUUUCUUAAAUUAAUUUCAAGAUAUUUCUCAAAGUUUCAUUGCCCGGCCGAUUAGCAUACUCGCUCUUAAGCUGCAAACAAAAUGAGGUUAAAAUCCCUUUAUUCGUAUUGAUACCUUAUAUAGCUGACCUAGGUUUAUAGACCUGUUAACUCGUAGUUUAAGCUUGUUACCUAGUGACAGUUUAUGACAUACCAUAAUCAUCUUUCCCAUUAUCAGCAUGUCUAACCAUGUCUGCAAAAAAUAAUAAAACUAUU